AUGAUAUUCCAGUUGGUGAGGAGUCUCCAUACGGGGCCAGUGUGUCGAGCUGCUGAGUCAUCACUCCUUGCUAAAUUGCGAAAGAAAACAGGUUACACUAUUGCCAACUGCAAAAAAGCUCUAGAAAUGCAUAACAAUGAUACUGAUAAGGCUGAAGCAUGGUUAAAUGAACAAGCUCAAGCAAUGGGUUGGGCUAAAGCGACAAAGUUAGCUGGACGCACUGCCCUCCAGGGCCUUGUUGCUGUUAAAUUUGAUAAAAACCAUGGAGCCCUGGUAGAGCUUAACUGUGAAACAGACUUUGUUGCUAAGAAUGAUAAAUUUCACAAAAUGAUUGAAGAUGCAACUCUCGCUUGUUUUAAAUUUGCCCACACUCAUAUGCAGUCUAAAGGACCAGUGACAAAGAUGGAGUUAGAUAGUGAGCAGUUGGGAAACUUAGCUUCAGAAGGAGGUAAAAAGCUUUCUGAAAUACUAGCAUUAUUCAUUGGCUCCGUCGGCGAGAAUGCUGUAUUGAGGAGAGCAGAAUGCUGGAAAGCAAACAGCAAUGAUGUGAAGAUUGCUGGCUAUACACAUCCAGCUCCUACAGUAGCAGGAGAUUAUUCCGCUGGCAAAUACGGCGCGUUACUAGCUUACAAACAAGCCAAUGAUCAUGAGGAUAUUGGUAAACAACUUUGCCAACAUAUUGUUGGAUGUGCGCCUAGAAAGAUCGGUGACAAAGCUGCGGACAAACCGGCAAAGAACACAGAUGAUGAGACUUGUCUUAUUUUCCAAGAAUAUUUGUUAGACCCAUCAUACACAGUUGAAGAAAUUUUAAAUCAAAAUAAAGUGGAAGUCAUAGAUUACGUAAGGUUUUCAUGCGGGGAAUCUGUUGAAGCUAAUAUGCCUGGCGUGGAAAAACAACCAUUAGAUACAGUGCAAACAAUGCAGUAA